CGGUUCACGCACGGCCACUCCAGUCUAUGUGAAACACUCGAACCGAACUCUCAAUCGCCACGGCAUCAAUGCUCUCAUUCGUCGGCUUAUCCACUCCUCCCCGGCUUUCUUCCACAUGACGAUCUUCUUUCUCCGUCCAUCUCCUUGCACUAUGCCUGGUCCGGUAGAUGCAACCGUCCACCGUUGGAUCCAGAACUAGCAAGGACAAGAAGUUAAAUCCUGAAUCCUUCCAGGAUAUUCGGUAAGACCGUUGUGUUAUCUCCACAUCUUCAACGCCUCAUUGCCCCUGGCAUUGCCGACCAACCAUGUCCCCUUUCUCUUAUCCCGUCUUCUUCGUACAGCAAGAUCAUGGAGGAAUAGGGGCUCGACGUAGUAUAAUAAGGCUCGCACGUCCAGCCUGUCUGGUGUCUUGCAACGAUAUCCACAAUCGUGAAUGACUCUCUUUGAUCUCUUUCGCAAAAUGGUUUACACCAACGACGCUCCGGCCACUGGCACCGCUGCCCCCGUGGCAAAGCCGGCUGAGGCCGUCAAUGUGGCUGUCAGUGAAGUCGUUGAGCCUGUUGCCAACGGCACACAUGAAGGGCAAGCCUUCUUUGAUGACCGCGUUGGCGUUUCUCCUAAUGCCCGCGAAGAGAUUCCUGAUCUCCUUGCGCAGGUCGCUUCGCAUGGUAUCUCCUUCAUUGGCAACAAGGAGAACGAAAAGACCCGCGCCACUUUGUUGGACGCUGCUCGAUCCCUUGUGUAUGCGUUGGAGACGCCUCGUGAGGCUAUUAUCCGAUACUGCUGGUCUCAGGCAACCACAUUUGCUGCUCUCGAGACCGGUGUUGAUGUUGGACUCUUCACUGCUCUAUCCAAGGAUGACAGGCCAAAGACUGCGACGGAGCUGGCUGAGGCCACUGGUUCUGACCCAGUCAUGCUGGCACGUAUCUGCAAACACCUCAGCACCAUGAGCAUUAUCAAGGAGACAGGUCCUGACACUUAUCGUCGCACCGGUGUGUCGACUUCGUUGACCCAGCAGCGCUACAGCGAUGCUUAUCCUUGCAUCGAUGGCUGUAUCAAUGCAGGUGUCCUUGCCCUCCCCGCCGACCUCAAGAACAACGGCUAUCGCAACCCCAGCGAUGGCACCAACUGCGCAUUCCAACGCGGCUUCAACACCAAGAACCACUUCUUCGACUUCCUCAAGGAACACCCUGACCACGCCGCCCAGUUCAACAACCACAUGUCGGUCUACCACCAGGGCCGACCCAGCUGGAUGGACAACGGCUUCUACCCCGUCCCGAAGCUCGUCCAGGGCGCUGAAAUCCGCGAGACGGACGCCCUGCUCGUCGAUAUGGGCGGCAGUGUUGGCCAUGAUCUGUCUGAGUUCCAGCGCAAGUGGCCCAGUCUGCCUGGUCGCUUGGUGCUGCAGGACCUGCCUGAAGUCGUCGAACAGGCCAAGGGAUCUCAAUUGCACUCGUCCAUCGAGUUGAUGCCUCAUAACUUUUUCACCGAGCAGCCAGUCAAGGGCGCACGCGCAUACUACAUGCACUCCAUUCUCCACGACUGGACCGACGACAACUGCCGCAAGAUCCUCUCCAACAUUGUCCCUGCCAUGAAACGCGGACACAGCAAGGUUCUGAUCAACGAGAACGUGAUUCCCGACACCAACGCGUACUGGGAAACCACCAGUCUCGACCUGAUCAUGAUGUCGUGUUUCGCGUCGACGGAGCGGACCGAGCGACACUGGCACGCGCUGGUGGAGUCGGCUGGGCUGAAAAUCACCAAGAUCUGGACUGCGCAGCGAGGCGUGGAGAGUCUGAUUGAGUGUGAAUUGGCCUGAUGGGAUAAUGUCAUGUUGGAACCUGCUGGAACGGGACUUGUAUAUAUAGUUGGUAUUAUGAUAAUUUUUUCACUUUUUUCGACUCUUCGUGUUGGAAUGGCAUCGAAUUGAUGCUGGAUUAGGUUAAAUAGGAGAAAUCCGAUAAAGCGGCGAUUGAUCUGAC